CUAUAAACAUGCCAAAAGUGGAAAAGCUACACAAAAUCUGCGGUGUUUGUGGUGAUAAAGCUCUCGGGAGAAAUUUUUGUGCCCUUUCUUGCGAGUCGUGUAAAGCAUUCUUCAGAAGAAAUGCAUCCAAUUAUCAGAAAAUAAAGUGCUAUUACGGAGACAACUGUCUGAUUGAUAUCGAGUUGAGAAGUAUUUGUCGCAAAUGUAGACUUAAAAAGUGUUUUGCUAUUGGGAUGAGACAAGAAUGGAUACUCAAUGACGAGCAAAAGGAGACUAGAAAAAGGAAAAUACAAUACAAUAAACAACAGAAUAAUAUUAAUAAAACUAUUGGAAAAUUAGAUGACAAGCCUUCAUCAUCACAACCUAUGGUGACCACAGAUAAUGAAGUGUCGGAUAAUUUCAUUGAGAUUUUGGAAAACACUGACAUAAAUGAAGACAAACUCAAUUCACAAAUAAGAGACAUUGAAAAUAGACAACAAUACUUCAACGCUUGUUAA